AUGGACCUAAAGAACAGCAGCAUAGUGACCGAGUUUGUCCUCGUGGGCUUUGAGCAGAAUUCCCCGUCCACUCGGGCACUGCUCUUUGUCCUCUUCCUUGGCCUCUAUAGCCUGGCCAUGGCCAUGAAUGGUCUCAUCAUCUUCAUCACCUGGACAGAUGCAAGGCUCAGCAGCCCCAUGUAUUUCUUCCUUGGCCACCUGUCCUUCCUGGAUGUCUGCUUCAUCACCACCACCAUCCCCCAGAUGCUGAAACACCUGGUUGUUAAGAACCAUGUUGUCUCCUUUGCCUCUUGCCUGACCCAGAUGUACCUGGUUUUUGGUGUGGGAGUGGCAGAGUGCAUCCUCUUGGCUUUCAUGGCCUAUGACCGUUAUGUUGCCAUCUGCUACCCACUCAACUACGCCCAGAUCAUGAGCCGCCAGGUGUGUGUGAGGCUGGUGAGUACCGCCUGGUUUUUUGGGAUGAUCAAUGGCAUAUUGCUUGAUUAUAUGACAUUCCGUGGGCCAUUCUGUAGAGACAACCACAUAGGGAACUUCUUCUGUGAAGCCCCCAUAGUGAUCACCCUCUCUUGUGGAGACCCCCAGUUUAGCCUGAGGGUAAUCUUUGCCGAUGCGAUCAUGGUGCUGCUAAGCCCCAUGGUGCUCAUCGUCAUCUCCUAUGCACGCAUCCUGGCCUCCAUCCUUGGGAGAGCCUCCUCCUCUGGUCGGGGGAAGACUUUCUCUACCUGUGCCUCCCAUCUGACUGUGGUCAUCUUCUUCUACACCUCGGCCAUGUUCUCCUACAUGAACCCUCGCAGCACACAUGGACCUGACAAAGACAAGCCCUUCUCCCUCCUCUAUACCAUCAUCACCCCUAUGUGCAACCCUAUCAUCUACAGUUUUCGAAACAAGGAAAUGAAGGGGGCAAUGGUGCGGGCUCUUGGGAGGACUAGCUCCUGA